UCAAGUGUCUGCAGCUCGUUUCAGCCUCUCAUUCGUUUCCAGGUUCCGAGACUGCCACCACCACCACCACUGGCGGGGUGACAUCAUCCUCGCCUCCCGUCUUCUACCCGGCAGUGGAAUCAAAGCACGCGGUUGCUGAUAAAUCCCCAAACCCCCAAAUACGGAACCUCGCCCUCUCCCUCUCCCUCUCCCUCUCGUCGCACAAAUACUCCAUUUUACCCCAUUUGCUCCCCUUCGAUGCCCUAAAUCGCCUUCGAUCUCUCAUUCUCCGACACCGGAAACCGCUUCCGGCAAUCGGAGAUCGCAGGGGGAUCCGGUGGCCGCCAUGGAUUUCGACUGAUUGUUCUCAUAAAUGGAUCCUCCGGCGGUCUCAGAGGGAGAAGGGAGAGAGGGAGGAGGUGGAGAACCAAAGGGGAAGAGAGCUUUUAGGAUCCUGAUUGGAUGUUGUAUCAAGAUUUUCUUCUCCCUCACCGCUUCUUUUCUAUUCUCCUUCUUGUUCGGGCUUGUGGCCUUGCUGAUCGAGACUUUCUCGGCCUCUUCUCCUGUCUCCGUCCCAUCGACGUGUAAAAUCAUAUCCAGCAGUAUAGAUCUCAGGUCUUCCAAGGUAUGUGAGCUUGGACUUUUGAAUUACAAAGCUGAGCAUGUAUUUUAUCCUUCGGAGAAAAGAAGAUUUCGGUGUCACGAUGAUUACUAUUGGGCUUCAGUUUUUGAGGUGGAGUACAAAGAAUAUUUUUCUGGUCAAAUAUUUCAUGCAGUGGCAGAGGCUCCAAAACAGGCCCUCCCUCAUGACUGUAGGCCUAGUUUUGGCACAGCAUGGUCGACAAAAAUGAAGUUCAAGGUCAACGAAACAUACAGUUGCAGGUAUAUCCUGGGUAGCCAGAAAGCUGACCUUUAUUCUGAUGAUCUUUUCAAUUGCCAUUCAAAGGAGCCAUCAACUAUAGAGAUGAUCAGAAGGAUGUUUAUUCUGUUCACCAGAUCAUGCUCUGAGAUAGGAAGCUCUGGACGUAGGAUGGUAUAUGGAGUGAUCGGAAUAGUGUCUGGUAUGUUAGUUUCUCUGUGUGUGGUCAUUGUAAUCAAAAGCCUUCAGGUCUUGGCACUUGCUAUGGUAAAAGAGUGGGCUGCUAAUAAGCACCAAAUCAGAGUCUCCGCAUUUCAAUGUACCCGAGCGUUUCUUCUUGUUGCUUAUUUCUUUGCCAUGGGCUGGCUAACUUUGCAGUACGGCAAGAUGAUUGGUUUCAAACAGCUUUCUUUCAACUCCAUUAUUGGGGAGAGGUUAAUAUAAAAAGGUUAUUUAUUUGUAAUUUAUUCCUAUCAAACUAACAAAAUAUUUCUGUAUCCAUAAUGGUUCAAGAUCAUAGAAUUACGUCAACUUAGCAAAACCACGCAAUCUGCUUCAGUGUUUGCAAAA